AUGGCAAAAGAAGAGUACCAUAAUGUGUUUGAACGAGACGAAAAUGGGAUUAGAAAACUUGACUUAGAGUAUGGAGACUUUCCUGAUGAUGGGUAUGAUUAUUCACAACACUUUGCUGAACGAGGAAAUGGGAUUUUCAUUCAGUCUGAUGGUAAAAUUAUACAACCAGAAGAUAGAGGGGCUGAUGAAAUUGAGAUUGUAAACGAUAUUCCUGAUGACAUUGACCCUGAAAUUCUUGCUAUGUUGAAUGGGGAUAAAGAAACUAAUGAUAUGGAUGAUGAUUUUGUUCAAAAAGCAAUGGGAAAGGAAGUUCAAAAAAAAGAGAGAAAAGAAAGGGAAGAAGAUCGAGAAUUUGAAAAGACUCUGAAAAUGUGGGAUAAUGAUGAAGAUGAACCUAUUAAAGAUGAUUUGAGUGAUAGCUUAGAGUUUGAAGAACAAAAAGAUGAUGACAUUCCCUUAGAUGAAGAUAUGUUAAUUGAAAAUGAGCCAGUUGAUGGGUUAUUUAAGAAUGGUAAUCCAGUUGAUAUGUUAGAUUUAAACCAAGAGUUUAUUGAUUUUGAUGAAUCAGAUGUACAACUUGCCAUGAACUCUGUGAACUUAGAACAAAAUCCAAAGAAACACCGCCACAAUCAACCCAAACAAAGAAAAGAAAAGAAAGUAACAAAAGAAGACCUUGAAAUAGACCCAGCACUUUUGUUAAAACAUGCACAACGUGUAAUGGUAGAUGAGCCAGAAGAGACAGAAACUAUUGUUGUUCAAACAGUUGUACAAGAAGAUAUUCUUCAACAUCAAGAAAAAACAAAACCAAAGACAAAACAAAAGAAUAAACCAAAAAUGGUAAAAGCACCAUUAAAGAAAAAAAAGUAA